AUGGAUAAAACAUUGUUUCUCCUCAAGCAUGGUAAUAACUUUCUUUUGGUUCAGAUGUAUGUGGAUGAUAUCAUUUUUGUUGAUUCAUCUCAUGCUUUAGUUGCCAAAUUUGCAGAGACUAUGAGCAGAGAAUUUGAAAUGUCCAUGAUGGAUGAGCUAAAUUUCUUCCUUGGACUUCAAGUCAAGCAAACCAAGAAAGGCACCUUCGUCUACCAGAGCAAGUAUACCAAACAUGUGUUGUGGAAGUUUGACAUGACAAAUGCAAAGACCAUGUCAACUCCCAUGUUUGUGUUGGUAGCUCUAGAUAUGGAUAAAGAUGGAGAAGCAGUGGAUCAAAAGGAGUACCGGAGCAUGAUUGGCUCCCUUUUGUACUUAACUGCUAUGAGGUCAGACAUAUAA